CCCAGCAGCCCUGCUGCCUACCGUCCUUCUGACCGUCAUGCGCUCCGUGGCGUAGCUGCACCGUUUACCGGAUCCGUUAACCGGUUCGAGCGGCUUGUGGGGUUAGCUAGCAGCUAGCAAAAGAUGGAGGACUUUCUUUGGAGCUGCUCCGUGGCCGUGAAGUGAGAUCAUGUGGUCCAGGAGAAUCUGGAUCAGGCCGUUUCAGAGUUCCACGUGGUUCUGGGAAAUGAAGCCUGCGACGUGGACUCCAUGGUGUGUGCUCUUACCUACGCCUACUUCCUGUCAAAGACCACUUGCUCGGAGACGCUCGUCGUCCCAAUGCUGAACAUCCGUCAGGCGGAGCUGCCGCUGCGCUCGGACAGCGUCCACCUGCUGCGACAGGUAGCGCUGGACCCGGAGCUGCUGCUGUUCAGGGACCAGCUGGACCUGCGGGGACUGCACCGAGACGGCCGCCUGCGGCUGACGCUGGUCGACCACAACGUCCUGCCCAGACCAGACGGCGACCUGGAGGGGGCGGUGGUGGAGGUGAUUGACCAUCACCUGCUGGAGAGAGAGUCCUCCCCCUCCUGUCUUGUUACCGUGGAGGUGGUCGGAUCCUGUGCUUCCUUGGUAACGGAACGUAUCAUCGAGAAGGCUCCGGAAGUCCUGGACCAGCAGGUGGCCCAACUUCUCUAUGCUGCCGUGGUGUUGGACUGCGUGAACAUGGCGCCCUCAGCAGGUAAAGUGACUCCCAAAGACGAGCGCAUCGCGGCGGCGUUGGAGUCUCGUUUUCCGUCUCUGCUGCCGAGAGAAGACGUCUUCAAGAUGCUGAACGAGGCCAAGUUCAACGUCUCAGGGCUGAACACUGAACAGAUGUUGCUGAAGGACAUGAAAGCUGUUUCAGGAAGUUUGAAUGUCGCCAUCUCUGUUCUGUACGUCCCUCUAGAGGACUUCCUGCAGAGGGCGGGGCUAGAGGCGGAGCUCUCGGGUUUCUGUAUGAAGUUUGGAUUCGACCUUUUGCUGCUGAUGACCAUCUCCUUCAGGGAGAGCAAAGAGCCAAUCAGAGAGCUCGCUGUGUUCAGCCACAGCGCUGCCUGCAGACAACAGGUAAGCCACUACCUGGAACAGGCACGGGACCCCGCCCUCAACCUCUCCCCAAUCAGCAGCCCUCGUCCUCACAUCACAGCCUAUCAGCAGGGAAACUCUAUAGCGUCCCGUAAGAAGCUCCUCCCCAUCGUCACGAACUUCCUCAAGGAGCGAGAGGGAGACGGUUGCCAAGGAGGCGGUUGCCUGGGAGAUGUGGAGGAGGACGAGGAGUCGUGCUUCCCCCCCACCCCCAUGAACAGUCUGGCGGAGGGCUGUCCCCUGGACAACGGACUGCCGCACAUCAGCGCUCUGGACCUGGAGGAGAAGUUCAGCAAGAUGGCUGACCGAAGAGGGAACUGACCUUUGACCUCUGGCCUGUGUCUGUCACAUGACGACGGUAUCCCCAAAACCAAAUAACAUUUCUAUCUUAGAUGGAAUCAGUCAAAUCUUUGUUUGUUUUAUUACUCAAACACAGGGUUUUGUUCUAAAAAAAAUCCUCUGGACUAACUUGUUGUGAGGAGCAGCUUCUGGCCCUUCAAAAUAAAAUGUCACACAAGUGUUUUAGCACUGGAAGGUUUGGCUGUUUUCAUUGUGUCGCUGCGUCCACACGGGGGCGCCCACGGUGCACUAAUUAGAUUUACAGCUGCAGGUCCUUUUUUAUUUUUAUUUACAUUGAGCAAAACGUUUUUUUAGAUGGAAAUGACUUUUGGAAGAAUUUGUAUAAUGAUAGUUAAAAUAGUAAAGUAGUAAUCAUUUAUUGAUUUGAAAUUCAGAUAAGAGCAGCUGAAAUUAGAAAAUCAUCUUUUUUUUAAGUGUUUUUUUAUUUGUAUCAGCUGUGUUGUUUAUUUUACAGAGUGAGUAAAUGUGUUAUUCCACAACAGCAUUGAUUACAUGACAAUCUUUGUGAAAUCUCCAGUCAGAACAACAUUUACACCAAAAAUUCACUUUUUGAACCAAAAACUAUUAAAAAAAAAAUCUAAGCAAAUAAAAAGAUUCUUCUGCACUUUA